GUCUCACUCACCGACGGUAGACCACUCAACAAACAAAAUAAUUUCAAAACAAACUUCCAUUUUCAUCUGCGCAGAUCUCAACAGUCUUCCUGAAGCUUCUGAUUCAUUCCAUUCAUACAUUCAUAUAACCAGAUCUCAUCUCCUUAUAUCAUUCUUACCUAGAAUAAUUUUGAUCUGAUCAAGAAUAAAGCAACAUAGAUGUAAUGGCUUCAGAAAGGGAUAUUUUUGAAAUUUCAGGCCCCUUACACUUGACUACUAUUGACUGGACCAAUGUGGAUCACCGGAGGUCGGUGGCAGCGUGUAUGGUUCAAGGUGUGUAUAUCAUGCAGCGUGACCGCCAGGAGAACCGCCACGGGCCAGCUGCGCUUGCUCCUCCAUGGUGGAAAUUCUUCAGUUUUGACUUGCACAGUCAACUCAUAGACGAUGCUGAUUCGUCUAUCUUUGGUGCCGUCUUCAAAUUUAAACCCAAACCCGACCCAUCAACGGACUACGCCCUCUCAACGAACGCAACACCGUCCUAUAUCGUUGCUUUCAGAGGCACAUUAACCAAAGGCGAUGCGUUUGCUCGAGACUUGCAGCUAGAUCUCCACUGUGUCAAAAACAUAUUACACCAAUCGUCAAGAUUUGAAACCGCUGUUCAAGCUGUUCGAAACUUGGUUGCUUCGGGUAAUCGAAACAUCUGGUUAACCGGUCAUUCUCUCGGAUCAGCCAUGGCCAUGCUUGCGGGAAAAAGCAUGGCGAGAAAUGGCGUUUUUCUCGAAUCUCAUCUUUUCAAUUCACCGUAUGUUUCGCCUCCAAUUGAGAACAUUAAAAACAAGAAAGUCAAACACGGGAUCAGAAUCGCUAGCAGUUUUGUAACAGCUGGACUUGCGGUUGCUGUCAAGGCUAAAAAGAAUGUUCAGCAAAGAAACAUUGCACCAGACAACUCGUUUUCGAAUUUGGCGUCAUGGGUCCCGUGUUUAUACGUGAAUCCACGCGAUCAUAUCUGCUCGGAGUAUAUCGGGUAUUUUCAACAUCGUAGAAAGAUGGAGGGUAUAGGGGCGAGAGGGGUGGAACGAUUGGCCUCGCAACAUUCAUUUUCUGGUCUGUUGAUGGACGCGAUUGGAAAGGAAUCACAUGAACCACUCCACGUUCUUCCGUCUGCGAAUCUGACUGUGAAUUCGACUCCUGCGCGUGAUUUAAAGGAAGCUCAUGGUAUUCACCAGUGGUGGAGAUGUGAUCAGCAGCUGGAAUCUAGAACCUACAGAUCGUAAACACGAAGAUGCUUUGACUAUUCAGGGUCAAACCUUUGGCUUAUGCUAUUGUGUUUCGACAUUGUUAUAUAUGCCUAUAGUGGAUGUUUUCUUGAUAAUUUUGGUUCAAGCUCGUCAAUGUACUGUUUGUAGACUCGAUAGCUCCUUGAUGCUAUUGGUCUACUUACUAUUAUAGGGGUGUAAAUGGCAGGGCACUUGGCAGGUCGAAAAUCAUGUCAAACGUGUGAACCUGAACACUGACAUGGAUAUUCACGAGUUGACAUGAAUAUGAUAUGUAUACCCGAAAUGUUUUUUUACGCA